GCUUCGAAGGCAAGCGCAUGUGUUUCGCGCUGAAAAAUUGUGUGGUGUUGCCAGUGUAUGUGAACUUAGUUGUGGAAAAGAUUUUGUUAGUUUUUCUUUGGUUUGAAGUGCCUACCUUUAUUCAAUUAGAAAUAAUGACAUUUCUGAAUGAAACUGUGAUGAAGCGGUUCGGAGCCUGUGAACAAAAAGUCCCAGGUACAAAAAUGGUGUGUCUCCGUCAGAAAAUCCGGAAGAGAGUGCGGUGACAACAAACUGUGUGAUAACGAUGUGACAGUUACGUGACUAAAAAACGGACAAAACAACCAAAAAUACUCUAAAAAUUCUCCUAUAGCAUAAGCCGAAAACAAUACAGUGCCAAUAUAUUAGAGCAAAUUCAAAUAACGAUCAGUUCAACGAACUAACAAAACGCAACGACGAAAAAAAAGAUUUUUCUUUAAUAAACUGCCAGUGUUCGGAGUUCGAAAUCUGAAUGACGAUAAAAACGAUUAUUUAAGUGAUGUGCUAAUGAAAAUGGAUCUUCCUCCGUUAGUUGCCCAUGGAUACCAAACUCAUGCUCCACUUUUAGAAGUCGAAGGUCUGGACCCUCAUAGCCCUCAGCAGAAAGUCCUUAUUCACGCGCCAACAUUGCAAAGCCAGGAGCUGAUUGGCGAUCAUCGAAACGGAGAGUAUGAAUUUGCAGAUGAGCAGUACCACGCACACAGCAGCAACCAAAGCAGUGACGGUCACGGAGGAGUAAACCAACUGGGCGGUGUGUUUGUAAACGGGAGACCUUUACCUGACGUGGUCCGGCAGAGGAUAGUCGAGUUAGCUCACAGCGGAGUCAGGCCCUGUGACAUUAGCAGACAGCUGAGGGUGUCACACGGUUGCGUGUCUAAAAUAUUAUCUAGGUAUUACGAAACGGGUAGCUUCAAAGCCGGCGUCAUAGGGGGCUCCAAGCCGAAGGUGGCGACACCCCCUGUGGUGGACGCCAUUGCGGCAUACAAGCGCGAGAACCCGACGAUGUUCGCGUGGGAGAUCAGGGACAGGCUGCUCAGCGAGGGGAUCUGCAGCCAGGACAAUGUGCCUUCAGUUUCCAGUAUUAAUAGGAUCGUCCGUAACAAAGCGGCAGAGAAGGCGAAACACGCCCAUAAUCAACAACAGCAGCAACAACAAGAACAAGAAAUUAGUUCCGCACAAGGCAGCGUGGUCUCUGUGAUAACUCACGCCGGCAACGCGCCAGGCACAACGGGAGUACUGUCGCCGACCACAGAACAACAUGUCGCCAAUACUGGUAGUUACAGCAUCAAUGGUAUACUAGGGAUAGAACAGGUUGAUGGUCUUCACAAUGGUACAUCAGGGUUGAAGAGGAAACGACACGAAGACCAAGACGAAAACAGAGAUUUCAACAGUCAUUCAGAAGACGAUGUGAAGAGACAAAGGAGUCACUAUAAUGGUGACCAGAUAUAUUCAAAUCUUUGGUCAUCAUCAAAAUGGAGUCUAAAGGACGAAUACAAACUGCUAUCUGAGCUCGGCGGCGCGGCGGGCGGGGCGACGGGCUACUACGAAAACUUGUUCGAUGCCCCGUACGAGCAUGCAGCACAUCCACACUACACACCACAUUCUGCCACGAAUGACUCAACGGGUUCCAACGGGGGUGCGGGAGGGGAGCCCCCCUCAGCAGCGGCGAGUCCUGACGCGGCUGCCCUGGUGGUGCUACAACCACCGGCACCACCAUAUCCACCCUACGCUCAUUAUGAUGGCACAACAACACUAGCAAGUGAAUACGCGUAUGCAGCACCAUACUCUCAGUACUCGCCGUAUGGAGGGCCCUACACGCACUCCGCUGCCACGGGCUUAUUGUCCAAGUGAUAUCAACGGACGCCGUGCGAGCAAUAGCUGUCGGCGAGCCACAACGAACAAAUAAAUCAUAAGUGAUAAACACACAGACACUAAUACAUAAAACAAAACCUGGUGAGAAUCUUAGUUUAAAAAAUACAUAGAAAAUUUCUGACGUGUACAACUUAUGUUCAACUUUAUUUACGUCUGUCGGUCAGUAAGUUGCUUUCUCAUAUUGUAAAAAAAAUAUUCAUAAUAAUUUAAAUGUUACAACAUUCAUUUGUACUCAUUAUUGUUAAAAUCAAAUGAAUGAGAGAGCCAAUGUGUUGAUUUUCCAAUUUAUAAAUAUAUGUAAUGUACAUAAAUAAAUGUAAUUCUAAAUGAAAUUAAACGUAAUUCGUUUAAAUGUCAUUCGUAGAUUAAGAUUUUGUUUCUUUUACCUCAACGUAGUUACAAAAUAGCCUUUAAUUUUUAUACAUAUAAAAAAAAAUGUUUCUGAGACUUAAACAUAUACAUAUUAUUUAAGCUGUCAAUGCACAAUGUCCUAAAAAUUAUUUUACUUUCCUAUUUUAAUUUCGUUAUUAUAAGUUACAUAACUUAUUUUUUGUAUUGUUAAUUAGCUGUAUAUUUUGAUGGUGGGUUAUGCACGGAUUUGACCACAUGUAUGGUCAAAUGGUUGUACACGAAAAUAGUUUUGCAUUCAUCGUAUGACCACACCAUUGUUUAAUAGGGUUAUGAGUGAGAAUAUAUAGAAAAUUGAGACAAAUAUUGUAGAUGAGAAAAACAGAGCACGGCUUAUAUAAGAAGUCAUUAGAAUAGAACAAAUAUGGACAAAGGAGAAAUAAUCCUUUUAAUAAUGAAUAUCAAAUUAUACCAAUCAACCAAUUCGCUCUGGCCUCGUGGUCCGUCUUCCUUUGUCCUGCCGAUCGGAUAACAUGAACUUUUUUCCCUGUUGGUUCGAUUAAUCGGACUGGAAGGAAUUGUAAUUCCGCUAGUAUUCCCGGUCGUACUAAAUGAACUUAUUUUCCGUGUUGAUUCGAUUAACUUGGGUGUGUAUAUUAUUAACGAACUUUAAAACAGUAACAGUAAAUGCUCAAACCCCCAAAAAUCACAAUAUCAAACCCUUUAGAUUAUAUCAAUCAUUCAAUAUAAUUUUAUAUCUGUCAUAUAACUACAUAUUAAAGCGAUACAUUUUUUUUCAAUUUAAAAACAUUAUUUUGUUCCUCUUUUUUAUUUGACCACACUCAUGGUCAACUCCGUGUGGUCAAAUUAGUGAAUAACCUUGACGAUGUGCUUGAAAUCAACAAAGAUGCAGAACUCAACGGUUUUAUGUAUUUAGAUGAUGUGAAAUUACUCGAGAUUACUAUCAUUUUUUUUUACUUUUUUAAAAAGUAUUAGUUUCUAGUUUACGCAUACAGUAUUGAUAUAAAUAGACAUAUAUUUUACAUGUACUGUAUGAGAUAAAAUUAAUAUAUAAAUUUGAUAUGUUCAAAGCUGUUUUUCAAAAUGUUAUUUUCUUUUUUUAUAUUGAAAUGUCUUAUCGGUUCCGUCCAUUAUUUUUUAUUAUAUUAUUAUUGUGUAAUACAAUUUUUUUUUGUAAAUAUUGCCUGAAUGUAUCCUGUCGCGUUUUCACUAACCGGAAACAGUUUGAAAUUACAGAAUUUGGAAUUAUAUAAGUACACAAUAGAAGUGUCAUAGACUCUAGCUAUUAUGCCUACUGUUCUAAAACUCACUCGCGCCAACAAAAGUGAAUUUCCCAUAUUUGAUUUAACUUAAUUUUUACUAUAUAAUUUGUGUAAUAAGAGAUUAUUUAUUUAUCUUUUAAAAUACUGUCAAUUAUUAAAAAUAAAACAUAACAUAUUCCGCUAAUACUAGGACAUUUUUACAAUUACAAUUAUUCAUUUUAAAUAAAUUCUAUUUUCUUAUUCAUACCAUAUAUCUAUUUGAUAUAAACCAAACGGACACUUCUAUUGGCUUUUAUUCUAAAUUCUGUGUUUGAAACGUAAUUUUAAACAAUCUACAUACAGUUUAGAGACACGCCAAAGAUUGUGACGUCUUGUAAUUCAGUGUUUUAUAUAUAUAUAUAUUAGUAUGUUUUGUAAAGCAAUAAAUAUCUCGGCAAAUAUAUAUAUUAUGGUGGACCUCUGUAUGUAUGUGUUGAUGUCGAUAAAUUGUUUUAAUAAAUACGGGAAAUUGGUUUGGACGAUUCCUUUUGUAAAAGAUGUUUAUUGCGGUUCAGAGAGGGAAUGCAGAGAGCAUAAUGGGCACAUUUUCACUGAACACGAUUCAGGGUAACGCAUUUUUGAAUAAUCUGUUGUUUGUGACAUUUCUUUUUUGUUACUCAAACGAUUUUGGGGCAUACAUUUUAAUGUGUAAAUGUAAGUAAUAUUUCAUAAGAAAAGACUCAAGUAAGAUUUUUGACAAAUCUUUCU